ACCCCGCGUGGCCCGGGUCCCAGAGUUUGGCUCCGCCCUCUGCCCGGUGCCCGCAGCCCGCGCCCCCACCUUGCUUAGGGCAGAGAAAGUCGAGGUUCCGCGGGCAUGCAAGCAGAAACCACCCCGAAGGGCGGGCGGGCGCGAGACCACCGCUUCCUCCCUUCCCCCUCCUCCCCCGCUCGCCACUCCUUUCUCCCGGCCGGGUGGAGGUGGUGCGUGGGGACCCGAGUGGGGCGGGGCUGGGCGGGCUGAGGCUGAGGCGUGAGGCUCAGGCACCCGUCCCGGAGUGAGCGAUGGCGGCGCGCAGCCUGGGCCGCGGUGUGGGCAGGCUGCGGGGUGUCUUGGCGCGCGCGGGUAGCGGGGCGCACGCGGCGCCCCACCAGGCCCGGGCAGCCUCAUACCCCGCGCGCCGUGCGCAGGCCGCCCGCGAGCCCGCCGCCUUCUGGGGGCCCUUGGCGCGGGACACGCUGGUGUGGGACGCCCCCUACCAUACAGUCUGCGACUGCGACUUCGGCAGCGGCAAGAUCGGCUGGUUCCUAGGCGGCCGGCUCAACGUGUCCGUCAAUUGCUUGGAUCAGCACGUCCAGAAGGCACCUGAGAGCAUCGCUUUAAUCUGGGAGCGAGAUGAGCCUGGCACGGAAGUGAGGAUCACCUACAGGGAGCUGCUGGAGACCACGUGCCGCCUGGCCAACACGCUGAAGAGGUAUGGAGUCCAGCGCGGGGACCGCGUGGCCAUCUAUAUGCCGGUGUCCCCACUGGCUGUGGCGGCAAUGCUGGCUUGUGCCAGGAUCGGAGCUGUCCACACAGUUGUCUUUGCUGGAUUCAGUGCGGAAUCCUUGGCUGGGAGGAUCAAUGAUGCCAAGUGCAAGGUGGUUAUCACCUUCAACCAAGGACUCCGGGGAGGGCGCGUGGUCGAGCUGAAGAAAAUAGUGGACGAAGCUGUGAAGAACUGCCCGACCAUCCAGCACGUCCUGGUGGCACACAGGACAGAAAACAAGGUCCCCAUGGGGGAACUGGAUGUCCCUCUGGAGCAGGAGAUGGCUCAGGAGGCCCCCGUGUGCAUCCCAGAGAGCAUGGGCAGCGAGGACAUGCUCUUCAUGCUGUACACCUCGGGCAGCACUGGCACGCCCAAGGGUCUGGUGCACACUCAGGCAGGCUACCUGCUGUACGCUGCGCUGACACACAAGCUUGUGUUUGACUACCAGCCCGGAGACGUCUUUGGCUGUGUGGCGGACAUAGGCUGGAUCACGGGACACAGCUAUGUGGUGUAUGGACCCCUCUGCAAUGGUGCUACCAGCGUCCUUUUUGAGAGCACCCCAGUUUAUCCCAAUGCUGGUCGGUACUGGGAGACGGUGCAGAGGCUGAGGGUCAAUCAGUUCUACGGUGCCCCGACCGCCAUCCGGCUGCUCCUGAAGCUUGGGGAUGGCUGGGUGAAGAAGUACGACCGCUCGUCCCUGCGCACCCUGGGCUCGGUGGGUGAGCCCAUCAACCACGAGGCCUGGGAGUGGCUACACAACGUGGUGGGAGAUGGCAGGUGCACGCUGGUGGACACUUGGUGGCAGACAGAGACUGGUGGCAUCUGCAUCGCGCCCCGGCCCUCGGAGGAAGGGGCCGAGAUCCUCCCUGGCAUGGCCAUGAGGCCCUUUUUCGGCAUCCUGCCCACUCUUAUGGAUGAGAAGGGCAACGUGGUAGAGGGUGGCGAUGUCUCCGGGGCCCUGUGUAUUUCUCAGGCCUGGCCGGGCAUGGCUAGGACCAUCUACGGUGACCACCAGAGAUUCGUAGAUGCUUACUUCCGAGCCUACCCAGGCUACUACUUCACCGGAGAUGGGGCCCACAGAACCCAAGAUGGCUACUACCAGAUCACAGGGCGCAUGGACGAUGUCAUCAACAUCAGUGGUCACCGCCUGGGCACGGCAGAGAUUGAGGAUGCCAUGGCUGACCACCCUGCUGUGCCGGAAACCGCUGUCAUUGGCUAUCCCCAUGACAUCAAAGGGGAAGCCGCGUUUGCCUUCAUCGUGUUGAAGGAUGAGGCUGGUGAUGCGGACAUGGUGGUGAAUGAGCUCAAGUCGAUGGUGGCUGCCAAGAUUGCCAAAUACGCUGUGCCGGACCAGAUCCUGGUGGUAAAACGUCUCCCCAAAACUCGCUCUGGAAAAGUCAUGCGGCGGCUCCUGAGGAAGAUCGUUACGGGCGGAGCCCAGGACUUGGGGGACACCACCACCCUGGAGGACCCCAGCGUCAUUGAGGAGAUCCUGAGCGCCUUUCAGAUGCACAAACAGAGACGGGCAGCCGCCAAGUAGGGUGCUGCUUUGGCUGAGCUUGGACCUGGCCCAGGGGUGCAGCCUCACUUGCCCCUCGAGACAUCCCAGUGCACUGUCCACACCCUGAGGUAAAGCUGGCCUGCAGCGCCGCCUCCUCCAGGCCCUGGAGAACCUGCCCUGCCAAGGAGUCAGCACACACAGUGGCUCCUGUGCCACUCACCCUGGGCUCGGUUUCCAGGCCCGGGGCAGCAGCAGCGUCUGGACCCACACCUGGGGCAGUCACACUUCUCCAGAAGUUGUCAGAGACAAAAAGCAGAGGCAGUGCUCUUUCUGAUCUUGAACUUAGAGAGCACUGUGGGAGCGUUCCAGUGUGAGGUGAGGAUGGACACAGACGCGCGUGCUCGUGCACACACACACACACACAUACACACACACACACACACACACACUGCAGCUGUCAGGGAAAUCUCCACUGCCUCCAUCAGCGGGAAGGAAGGGUGCAUGCUCAGAUGCCUGUUAGCAAGUCUGGAUGUCUAGUCAGAGUUCGGUGCCUCUGCCUGUCUGCUGUCCUGGCCACUCUGUGCCCAUGUACCAUGUCUGUCCCUCCUGACCUUGGUCUGUCGCCUCAGAAGGGAUGAGCCUUGACUCCCUAACUCAGAAGCUGCUCCGGGCGGACUUGUUUUUCUGACCUGUGACCUGGCAGAGUAUGCUUUUUGCUUGAUGCCUUAGGAAAACUCAGGUGAACCUCAGGGCAGCUCGGCCUGAAUGGGGCUCCUGGUCUGGGGGCAGGGAGAGCCAGAGGCCCAGGUAAGACCUGCACUGCCCCCAAGCUCCUCCUCAAUGUGCCUUAAGUCCUGGAGACUGCACUGUGCUGUGGGUUGGGACACUCAGUGCCUGGUGAGUGAGGCCAAGGUGUGAUGCAGGCGGAGGCUACCCCGUGCACCUCAGGGCUAUGUGCCUGUUCUAGGGGUCAGGUGCCACACACUGGUGGAGGCCUCACCGUGCUGGCUCUGGGCAGUCAGGUGAGUGCCAAGACCCCAUGGUGGCAGAGGCCACAGCAGGCACCACAUUGAACAGCAGUGCCUAUUACCACUAGCGAUGCUGAGCCACACACCGGGCCAUACAAGAGCUGUGGCUGUCUUAUGAGAUGACUUGGGUCUCUGGCUCUCGCAUGGGGUGCAGAGGUGUUCAAAUAAAGUUUUAUUUUGUUCAUUCUCCACCCAGAGC